AUGGCACACAUCCUUCCAAGGGCGCCAUCUCCGAGUCACUGGGCCUACGAGACACCUUCCUCCACGGAGGCGCACUCGGACGGCGGUUCAUCUCAGCCGGAGGAGAGUCGCAGCCAGUCACCCGUCAGAGACUCGGAUACCUGCUCAGCGACUACCGCCGCUUUGUUAGAGCAGCUGGCGACAGGGUACCGGGAACUAUGGGAUCAGGCGCUAGACGUCUUGGUCGCCCACCAUGCCUUCGAGUCGGAACAGGGGCGGAGGGAUGACAUGCUUAUGGGUGAUGCUUCUUCACUGUCCGAGUCGUCUCUGGCUGAAGUCAUCGGGAAGAUAAACAUUCAGCUGGACGACGCGAAGCUAUCAGCCGAGCGCCCUUCAGCCUCUGUGAACCUCGACUUACGCGACCUCCUCGCGUUGAAAGAGAAGUGUCGGAUGGCUUGCUACGCUGUACUUUCCGGGACUAUUUUCACCCAGCAAGACCUCGCUCAGAGGAUCGCCAGCGUGGGACAGGAGAGAUCUAUAGGAUGGGCCAUGUAUGAUGACGCCACCGUGGCCCACGAAGAUGCGGACAUGGACGGCUUGGAGAGCGAGCUGGAAGUGUUGAAUAUGCUACGACGCCGUCUGCAUGAGGGUGCACUGCCAAUUCUUCCCUUCCGCCACGAAGCAGUGCAGAAGGCCGAAGAGUCGGUUUUACCAUUGAAUCCCGACAUAUCACAGGCCUUUAGCUCCUUCGCUCAUCCAUGUGUACCCUUGGCUCACCAACCGAUUCGUUGCACCUCUCCCGACGUUCUUCAGGAGGAAGGCAAACCCGCCGCCUUUGCUGCCGAUCAAGAUUUCAAAGACUGGAGGCUCUAUAAAGCUAGGUUUCCCGGGAUCCUUCGCUCCGGGACUGGGUGCAGCCUUGCUUCGAGCGCACGGUCACGGUCCUUGGAUAGUAUAACCUACGUACUUCGUAGUCGGCAAACGACUCAGACCGAAUGGGAUGGAAAGAUGAGGGCCGAAGGAUUGGAUAGUCUUACGGAGCAAGUGAACUGA